AGUUUUACAUCAUUUAGCCGACACUAUUUUUAAGUGAAGUUAUGGCUGCUCCAACAAAUUUGAAUGUCCCUCAAGCUAAGCCAUGUAACAUUUGCGAACACUGCCGUAAGUAUUAUCUCGGCCUGAAGCCUCAUGAGCUGUAUGCCCAGUGCGUGGAACGACCCUUCAUGUGCACUUAUUGUGACCGAACUUUUACUCGCAAAGAUAAGUUGAGUGAUCACAUAAAAAUGCAUACCGGAGAACGACCUCAUGUGUGCACUCAUUGUGGGAAGAGUUUUACUCGUAAAGACAAACUCACGGUCCACAUUCGCAUUCAUACUGGCGAACGACCUUACGUCUGUCCUCACUGUAGUAAAGGCUUUGCCCGAAAAGAAAAACUUGGUGCCCACAUGUGCAUCCAUACUGGUCAGCAUCCUUACCACUGCCCACAUUGUGGUAAGGGCUUUGCAUGGAGGGAUAAGUUGGUUAAUCAUAUUAGGAUUCAUACUGGUGAAAGGCCAUUCGUUUGUAAGCAGUGUGGUAAAGCGUUUGCUCAGAAUGAUAAAUUGACAACUCACAUACGCAUACAUACCGGUGAGCGACCUUUUGUGUGCAAGCACUGUGGCAAAGCUUUUGCUCGCAACGACAAACUCACUGUUCAUGUGAGGAUACAUACCGGUGAACGUCCUUUUGUGUGCAAGCACUGUGGUAAGGCUUUUGCAAGGAAGGAUAAGUUGACGGCCCAUAUUCGUAUGCACACCGGUGAGCGUCCAUUUGUUUGUAAUCAUUGUGGGAAGGCCUUUGACUUGAAGGGCAAGUUAAAUGCUCACAUGAAUAUACAUACGGGUAAACAUCCAUUUGUGUGCAAUCAUUGUGGUAUCGGAUUUGAUCGUAAAGAGAAGUUGAAUUCACAUCUUUUACUGCACUUAGGAAGCAAUCCCUGUGAAACACUUAUUGUUAAUCCUCUACUAGCAAAACCACUUUGAAAAUCUAGUAAAAACCAGUUAUAGUUCUCUUGGAUUUGUUACUAUUUAUUGUGCAGGAAUAUGGUCAGAUAUCUUACAGACUUGCUAUCUCUUUCUGACUAAUAAAGAAAAAAAUCCUCUUGAUGUACUAUUUUAUGCAUCAUUUUUUAUGAUGUUAGAGGUUUGAUUGUGAUACAUUAUUGAUUGAUUAGCAUUAUAUAUUAAUUAACUUAGUAAUGAAAUACCUUUCAUGAAUUA